GUCCACACAUGACCAUUUAAAACCAUCCUGGUAAUCCCCUCUCUUUUCUCAGACACCUGCAGACUUGGUUUGCAGGACAAAGGGAUUACACACUUAGCUGGAGACAAUACAGGGACUUUUCAACAGCGGCAGUCAUGGUGGACGCAGCGGCAGCAGAGCAGUUCCUCGAUGCCAACCCGAAGUUCGCCAAGCAGUAUUAUGACACCAACUUCCGGCCGAUGAUCAUCUCCGCCCUGCUGGACAACAACCGUAAGACAGCGGUGGAUAUCAGCACGUACCGAGAUCUGACGAAGGUGGAGGAGAGCGAGAUCCUCUUCGACCUGGUGCGGGACAUCCAGGACAACCUGCAAAUGGAGAAGUCUGUCUUCAAUCUGAUGAGACACCUGUGCUUCAUGAUAAGAGCCGACCGCAUGAGUCUGUUCAUGUACCGCCAGAGGAAUGGUGUGGCCGAGCUGGCAACCAGGUUGUUCAAUGUCCAUAAAGACGCUGUGUUCGAUGAGUGCCUGGUGGCCCCUGACUCUGAGAUUGUGUACCCGUUGGAUAUGGGUGUCGUUGGACACGUAGCCACGACCAAGAAGAUGGUCAACAUCGCCAAAGCGUCAGAGAGCUCUCAUUUCAGUGGCUUUGUGGACGAGCUGACAGAUUACGUGACCAACAGCAUCCUUGCCAUCCCCAUCAUGAACGGUAAAGAUAUGGUGGCUGUCAUGAUGGCGGUCAACAAACUGGACGGCCCACAGUUUACUACCAAGGACGAAGAGACCUUCAACAAAUACUUGAACUUUGCCAACCUGAUCCUGAGGGUUUUCCACCUGAGCUACCUGCACAACUGUGAGACCAGGAGGGGACAGGUGCUGCUGUGGUCGGCCAGCAAAGUGUUUGAAGAGCUGACAGACAUAGAGAGGCAGUUCCACAAGGCUUUGUACACGGUCAGAGCUUUCCUCAACUGUGACCGUUACUCUGUGGGUCUGCUGGACAUGACCAAGACCAAGGAGUUCUUCGACCUGUGGCCCGUUCUGAUGGGAGAAGUCCCACCAUACGACGGACCCAAAACUCCUGAUGGCAGGGAAAUCGUCUUCUACAAACUCAUUGACUACAUCCUCCAUGGAAAAGAAGACAUCAAAGUCAUACCGAACCCUCCAGCAGAUCACUGGGCUCUGAUCAGCGGACUACCCACCUAUGUAGCAGAAACUGGACUGAUUUGUAACAUAAUGAACGCAGCCGAGGAUGAGUUUUUCGCCUUUCAGAGAGAACCACUGGAUGAUUCUGGAUGGACCAUUAAGAACGUCCUGUCUAUGCCAAUUGUCAACAAGAAAGAAGAGAUUGUGGGUGUGGCCACGUUCUAUAACAGGAAAGAUGGGAAACCCUUUGAUGACAUGGAUGAAACACUGAUGGAGUCUCUGACUCAGUUCCUGGGCUGGUCCGUGCUCAACACUGACACCUACGACAAGAUGAACAAACUGGAGAACAGAAAGGAUAUCUUCCAGGACAUGGUGAUGUACCAUGUCAAGUGUCGCAAGGAUGAAAUCCAGAACAUACUGAACACAAGGGAGAGGUGGGGGAAGGAACCGGACGAGUGCGAGGAGGAAGAACUCGAAGAGAUUCUGUCAGAGGUUUUGCCUUCUUCUAAGAAAUCUGAGAUCUUCGAGUUUCACUUCUGUGACUUUGAGCACAGUGAACUGGACCUGGUGAAGUGUGGCAUCAGGAUGUACUAUGAGCUGAAAGUGGUGGACAAGUUUCACAUUCCAAGAGAGGCCUUGGUGAGGUUCAUGUACUCUCUCAGUAAAGGCUACAGGAAGAUCACCUACCACAACUGGAGACAUGGAUUCAAUGUUGGACAGACCAUGUUCACUCUGCUGAUGACAGGCGACCUGAAGCGUUACUAUACUGACCUGGAGACGAUGGCCAUGGUCACCGCCGGCUUCUGCCAUGAUAUUGACCACAGAGGAACCAACAACCUCUAUCAGAUGAAGUCUGGUAAUCCUCUGGCGAAGCUUCAUGGAUCCUCCAUCUUGGAAAGACACCAUCUGGACUUUGGCAAGACACUGCUGAGAGAUGAAUCAUUAAACAUUUAUCAGAACCUGAACCGUCGGCAGCAUGACCUUGUCAUUCAUCUCAUGGACAUUGCUAUCAUCGCCACUGACCUGGCUCUCUACUUCAAAAAGAGGACGAUGUUCCAGAAGAUUGUAGACCAGUCUAAGACCUAUGAGAGCUGGACUGACUGGACCAAGUACAUGAUGUUGGAGACCACCCGCAAGGAGAUUGUCAUGGCCAUGAUGAUGACAGCCUGUGACCUGUCUGCCAUCGCUAAACCAUGGGAGAUCCAGAGCAAGGUGGCGCUGUCUGUAGCUGCCGAGUUCUGGGAGCAGGGAGAUCUGGAAAGGACAGUCCUAGAGCAACAGCCCAUUCCCAUGAUGGACCGAAACAAAGCAGACGACCUGCCAAAGCUGCAGUGUGGUUUCAUCGACUUUGUCUGCGCAUUUGUGUAUAAGGAGUUCAGCCGUUUCCACGUGGAGAUCACCCCGAUGCUGGACCGCCUGAUGAACAACAGGAAAGAGUGGAACGCCCUGAAGGAGGUCCACGAAGCAAAACUUGCCGCCAUCGAGGAGGCCAAGAAAGCCAAGGAGGAGGCAGCUCAGAAUGCAGCAGCAGCCAAGCAAGCGACUGCAGCUCAGCCGUCAAAGACUUGUGUUCUCAGCUAAAGUGGCAGCAGCACCAGUUUGCUUCCAACAUAUAUGUGGACAUCCCUCUUCCAUCUUCUAUCUUCUUCUACUGUAUAUCUACAUAGCGUUUUUUUCUUUAUGUAUACUUUUAGAUAAUACUAAAUGUAUGCUAUCCUUUUCACUCAAUCAUAUCUAUUAAUUUGUCACUUCAAAGUACUGGUUACAACAUUAAUUUCUUACUGUAUUUUUAAAAGCUUUGUAUAAUCUGUCUCUUUAAUGUGCUGCGUUGUUCUGCGUUGCUUCUUUCUGUCCAUGAUUUCUUACAACUCGCACCAUGAUUGGACUGUGUAGGUGUUUGUAUGAAGCCCUGACAUUUUAAUCUUGAACUUGGGCGUCAACACUUCAUGGACAUUUUCAAAAGCAGCUGCUUCAGUGCUUUAAAAGUUGCUGUGAAUUCUCUCUAUUGCUGUUCUAUUAAAACUAUUGACUCUCUAGAAAGGUGUAACUGGGACAAUGUUUAGUAGAAUUGUUGCAGUACGUAGAGGUUCUUUGUUGUGUUGAUAUUCCAAACUCUCAGCAGCAGCAGGAAGUUGCAUACCAGAGCAUAAUUAUGGCUACCAAAACCACCAGAGAAUCAAUGCUAUGUAUCUACAGACUGUAUCACUGAUGGAAUAAAGUAUAAAGCUCAUUGUUUACACA